UGGCACCCAACCCACCACAAGCGCUUCCCGUCAUUGCUUUCACGUGCCAGACGCCGAAACGGAUUUACUAACCGUACGUCCUCAAUCUGAGUUUACUUCAACCACAUUUUCUCCCUUUUUUUCAGAUUGAGUUGAUGAUAAAAAUGAACAGCUUGUUUAAGAAAUGCAUUCACAGUGUGGUCACGUCACUGGUUGACAAGUGUGCACCCGCGGCUACCGUUACAACAUGCUCCACGAUCGCCAAGCAACGCUCACAUGGUUACAGUAACAAUGAUGUCUUUGAUGAUGGCCACUGUCCACCUAGGAUUUUGAUCACAGGUUCACUGGGACAGCUGGGUUCCGGGCUGGCCGCAUUGCUGAGGGAGCGGUACGGCAAUGAAAAUGUUGUCAUGUCUGACAUUGUGAGAGCACCGAAACACAUUCUCGAGCAAGGUCCGUUUCUGUUUGCGGAUGUUUUGAACUUGAAAGGUCUGCGCGAGAUCAUCGUAAACUACGAGAUCGACUGGCUGAUCCACUUCAGUGCGCUGCUGAGCGCAGUGGGUGAGCAGAAUGUGCCACUGGCGAUGAAGGUGAACAUCGAAGGCCUGCACAACGUGCUCGAGGUGGCCAAGCAGUACAGACUGAAGCUGUUCGUACCCAGCACCAUAGGUGCGUUUGGGCCUGAGUCCCCGCGAAACCCGACCCCCGACAUCACGAUUCAGCGACCGAGAACGAUCUAUGGAGUAUCCAAGGUCCAUGGAGAGUUGAUGGGGGAGUACUACUUCCACAAGUAUGGCCUGGAUUUCCGCAGUCUGAGAUUCCCCGGCGUUAUAUCGCCCGACGCGCAUCCAGGUGGCGGCACAACAGAUUAUGCUGUGGAGAUAUUCCACGAUGCCCUCACUACGGGGCAUCACCGGUGUUUCCUGGCCCCGGACACGCGGCUGCCGAUGAUGUACAUCACAGACACGCUGCAGGCGACGAUGGACUUCCUGGAGGUGCCGAGCGAGGAGCUGUCGAUGCGCACGUACAACGUGACAGCGAUGAGCUUCACCCCGGAGGAGCUCGCGGAGGAGGUGCGCAAAUACGUGCCACAGCUCGAGGUGACAUACGUGCCCGACCAGAGGCAGGCCAUAGCUGAUUCCUGGCCGCAGGUUCUUGACGACGAGAUGGCUCGCCGCGAGUGGGGCUGGAAACACCAGUACGACCUGGAAGGAAUGUGCAGGAUCAUGUUUGAACGCCUCAUCCCCAAACUGAAGGAAAAUGAAAAACAGCAAAGUGCACGCAAAGAAUGUUAAGAGUUAUCUCCCAUAGGCCAGUAAAGUAUGGCAACCACCACUUUGUAUAAUUAUUGGAGCUGUGAAUAUCAGAAAGACUUUUAGCAGUGGAAACAAAAACUUUUAUUCCCUGGUCAUAAUAUAAUAAUUCAGACCUGCCUACCCAUACACGUUUUGUGGGUUUUAUACGCAGUUUUAAUCCUUGGUACACCAGUAUGCAGAUUCAAUCUAAAUUGCAUAAUCCAAUAAAUAAAUGUUUUAAAAAAGCAACAAACCAUUAUGUUUAAAAAGGAAGUGAAAAACAAAGUAGAAAUUGUGUAAAAGAAAGAAAAGAUGCAAGAGAACAGUAAUAUCCUCAAGAGAUUCCCGGAAUACAAGCAUGAUCUUUAGAAAACCCAUUCCCGGAAUACAAGCAUUACGUUUAGAAAACCGAGUUCAGAAUACAAGCAUUAUCUUUAGAAAACCCAUUCUCAGAAUACAAGCAUUAUCUUUAGAAAACCCAUUUCACUUGUACCACAAAACUGAUUUUAGUAUUGACCACUCGCAUGUUUUCUAUAUAUUCAAUUUAUGUGAAAAUUUUAUUGUCAGAAUCAGAAAUGAUUAUUUUCUAUGUUUAUAUUGACAAAUACAUUAUUUUGCUCACUGAAAUUCCCAAAUGGGAACAUUUUGGUAGGCAGGUCUGAUAUUAUGAUGUAUAUACCAUAUUUAAUGGCAUAAUGUAAUGUAGAUCUGAGAAAGCUUGACAUAAUAUUUGCACUUUUUAAUCAGGCAUCAAAAUAAGUCCAGAAUGGUUGUACAGGUUACUAGGGAGGUUACCACCUGUCAAGAAAGUCAAGAACAAUAUUUCAUUCUCCACAAAGCAGCCAUCACCUAAAUGUUGAUAGUUUUGUGUCAUUCAAAUAUAAUAAAAAUAUACAAGUAUUGUUUAAAUGAGAACAGGUACAUGAAUGAAGAACAAAAUAUCAGUUUGUCUGUGAAGAGAGUUAAUAGCAGUAAUAAUUGAAAUAUCAGUAUGUUGUAAUGUAUAGGCUACUAGUAUUUUGUGGUAACGUGUACGUGGGCCAGCUGAUACUUAUUGCGAUGCCUGUGUUACGAAGGUGACAUGGCAUGGUGAAAAGGCAGCAGUGUUUGAAUCUCAAGCCUCUAUUGGCUGGUUUACAAAAUAGUCUCUUUUAUCAUAGUCUUUCACACAAACUGGGAUAUUUUUGUGAAUAAUAACCAUUUUGAAAUGUUUUAUUUAUGCCAAAAUAUAUUUUACAUUGAAUAUCAAAAUAAAUUAAUAACUUAUGUGAUGAAUAAUAAUACUGUAUACAAUUCUUAUUUGUUAAUAAAAUAAAUGUCAUAUUAUUAAGAUAAAUUAUAAAGUAUACAAUUACCGACAAUAAUAUUACUGUGUAUAUAAAAUUAAUACACAGCAAAACCUAGCUAAACAGCCACCUGUCUAAGAUUUAACGAGGCCACUGAGUGGUUGAUGGGUCUGAGAGGCUGAAGUCACUUCAGUUUUAUCUAACAUAGUGCAGAUUAGCCCGUGUAAAACUGUAGAUUAGCUACUUUAAAUAUUGUUAAGUGACAACACAGAAAGGCCUUCACUGUAAAUGUGGGGGUUUUCACGACAGAGAUUUUCUAAUUUCUGAUCAAAGCUACUUUUCAUGGAAAUACUCCUGUCAUAUACAUAUCCAUUGGGUGAAGACAUUUAAAAAAAAAAAGGGAAGGACAUAUAAAUGAUAUUAGUGUAAUUCAUAAUUAGACUGAAAACAUGUUUCUAAUUUCUAAUUAGUAAAUUUCACUAUUUAUGUAAAUUAUAAAAAAUUCACAAGCUAAAAUAUACCUCUUUAUUUUUUCUGCUUUCUUUGUUACUUAUUAGUCAUGCCGAGAUUGAUGUAAAAAGUGUGUGUUGUACAAACUAAUUCGUGUAAAUUCACCCGAAUAACAUUCCAAAUCUGUCCUUACGAGCACUUGUCUUUUACACAUUGGCGUCGAUGAUAGCUGUAUAGCACUUUUAUAUAGGAGGAGAGUUACAGGACUCCACCUUAGCGGUAGCCCGGGCUAUUUUGGCUACCUAUUUGUUGCUUGGGCUACCAGUAGUCUAAACCCAGUAGACUGCUGGGCUACUACAUUUAUUUUGCACAUCCAGUUACUUUGCAAUUAACAAGACGCUUAACCCCCACCUAAAAUACAAUGUUUAAAUAAAAGUAAAUAAUUUAGCUUUUUUUCUCUCUUUUUUUAAAUUUAUAAAAAUUAUGGGGCUACCAGUUUUUACUGAGGGCUGCCAGAUUUUAUAACCUGAAAAAAGUUAAGGUCCUGGAGUUAUAUUAAUCAUUGAACGCAGAGUGAGCAAUGAGUUUAAAAAACCAUGAUUACAAGUGUGAAGAAAAUCUAUGAUUAAUCCUAUGAUCUCAGUGACGAUGGCGUGAUUAUAUCGGACCUUCCAAACCUAGCGUCUGAUAAUUGUC